AAGUUUCCCUACAGAGCACACAGGCUGUGCGACAAACAAACAAAACAAACGAAUAAAGACACCAGACUGGUUGAGCGGUAACGCGCAGUCGCUCCUCCAGUCCUGCAGGGGGCGCUGUGUGUCGAGCCGCCGCCGUCGACGCUCAUCACAACACCGGCAAGUGUGCAGCUAGCGCGCCGCUAAUGUGUCAGAAGAAGUUUUCGCUCGUUUCUCCGCUUUAACCUCAUAAUUCUUCGCAGAGCUCGUGAGUAGAUUGUACUCUGUUGAUUAAUAGACUCCAGAGUUCAGGAGCUGGUUGCUGUGAGAGGUUUGGGUUGUUGUCGUGAAUAGCGAAAGCUAGCUAGCUCUUACAGAUAAAGAUCUCGGCCGCGUCCCAAAGCUGCUGAGGCCCUAUCUAGACAACACCUGAGGGAACAACUGAAGGGUUUGAUUUAUAUCUAGGGUGUUGUCUAUAAAGUCGACCAGGAUUUGAGACACGGGCUGUUGUUUAGGUGCUUUGGAUUGUUUCGUAGCUGGAAAAGCUGAGGAAGCGUAUAGAACCAAAGGCCUCACUCUUCCGUUCCCCUGUGUGAAUCUCUCAGAGCUGUUCUGCACUGCUCAUGCUCCUGACUGGAGACAAGCGUCUGUGAAGUGAUGUAGUGCUCUGUGAAGGUUAAAGAGGGUUUUGUCUCAGGUUGAAGUCGGACGUCAGGAUGUUCAACCCUCACCAGCAUCAGCAUCAGUUUCAUCAGCAUCAGUUUCAUCAGCAUCUCCGACAGCUGCAGCAGCUGUUUCAGCAGCAGACUCCGCCUCCUCCAGCUCCACCUGCCCGUCACAUCACACACACACGGUCUCCUGCUCGAAUGGUGAACCUGUGCUCCUCCACACCGACCAUCAUCGCUCCUAACCCCGUGCUGCAGGGGGCGCUGCUGAUGCAGCAGAUGCAGGCGGGAGGCAUGCGUGGCUUUGGGAUGAGCGGCCAGCAGUUUCCUCAGUUCUUCCCUGCGGGGUCCAGAGCGUCUCUUCUGGGGCCCGUCCCGAUGGGAGCCGCCAUCAAGACCCCACACAUGGGCUUCCAGCGCCACUUCACGCCUCACGCGCGCUAUUACACCAACGAGUUUCAGGCUCGUCAGCCGGACAGGAAGAGGGAAAACGAGCAGAAAUCUGCGGGCAGCAGCGACAGCCAAUCAGAACCCAGCAGCAGAAGAGCAGAUGAAGCGUCCGCUGCUGGAUGUCAGGAGUCUUCAGAGCAGCCCGAUGAACCAGAGGCCAAGAAACACAAAACACAAGAGUCAGAAGAGCCUGUGGAGACCGAAUCAGCUCGAAGCGCUCAAUAUAAGAGCCCAGAUCCUGCAGAGGUCACUCUGGAGCGAGCGCUGACCGCUGAAGCAGACGAACAGAGUCCAGCGACACAGCAGGUUGAGAGCACUGAAGGCAUCGAGCAGCAGAUUAGUGAGAGUCCAGACGCCGUCGCAGUCUCUGAUUCAGUCUCGGAGAUCAGGGAGAGCUCAGACACCGCUGAGGAGCUCAAACACACCGACAGGUUCUUCUGCUAUAUUUGCAACAUCACUUGCCAUAACCAGCAAAGUUUCCAGAGCCAUAUGAACGGCCUGACGCACCAGCAGAAGAUGAUGGAGAUCCAGCACAUGAGCAACGCAUGUCUCGUCACGCUGCUGCCGCGAGUCCAGGAGACCCUGCACGGAGCUCACAGAGACGGCUGCACGACUCGUAUAAGUGAGCGUGUGCUCUCAUGUGGUGUUCUGUUCUGUCGCAGUGAGAAGAGGCCGGGUCUGCAGAGAUGGUGCUCCACCUGUCAGACACACUUCACCAGCAGCGUCACGGAGCACCGCACAACCAAGGAGCACAAGCACUGUGUCCGCUCGUCCAGCUCCAGCUGCACCGUCUGUAAGCUGCACUUCAGGACACACAGAGAGUUCGUGGAGCACAUGCAGUCGCCGGAGCACCAGCAGCGAGUCCAGCAGCUGUGGAAGGAGUCGGGCAAAGACUGCACACAUCAGCUCAACACAGACAUGUUUCUGGGUGAAGAGGACGAAGAAUGCAGCGACGACGAGAGAGAGGAAGAAGAGAACGGGAAGGAGGGUGUGGCUGCGCAGAUGGAGGUCACACUGGAGGAUCUGAGUGAAGAUGAGGAGUUUGAUUCAGACACUGUGUACGGCUCGAGUUUCGUGGUUCCCGUCGCAGGCUUCAUCUGUCGUCUCUGUGAUCAGUUCUAUCACUACGAGUCUGCGGCUCGACACACACACUGCAAGACGCUCACACACUUCAGGAAUCUCAAGCUUGUGUUUGUGCAGCGUUAUAAAGCCUUAAAGAAACAGGAAGACUCGGGCUCGACCUCAGGAGAACCAGCAGACCACAUCAGUCCAGAUCCAGAUCCAGCCCCACAGACCCUACAGUCCUGCGGCAGACAGGAAGUGGAGACGCUCACACAGGAAGAAGACGAGGCCAGAGAGCCGAUCCGGGGCCGGACUCCUGCUCAGAGACGAGGACGAGGAGGAAGACGACGCUGAGACACACAGAGCUGGAUCAGCCUCAGAGGACCCUAGUGAAAGCACCCGCCGUAGACCGUGUGUUCAGACGGGAGGGUGACACACACUCUUGCCCUGUUUGUACAGAAGGAAUGAUGGGAUACGCCGCCGGAGCACAACAUCAACACGUCCAGCACAGACUUCAGCCCAAAACCAACGAGAUGUGUCAUAAACAAUAAAUUAUUUAAUCCUUAAAUAGACCUGAAAUAGCUCUGUUUGGCAUUAUAAUACAGAUAUAUAGAUAUAUAGAGAGAUAUUAUAUAUAUAUAUUU